UCGAUAGUUUUCGAACUCCAUUUCAUUCUAGCGAUUGAUUCACAUUUCUUUCAUUCUGCUGUUUUCUCUUUUUCCGGCUUUUGCCAAAUUUUGUUGCGCGUCGGUGAAUUUGGUUUUGGAAAAUGUAAAUCUGAAAAAAACGAGCAAAAAAUGAAUUUUCAGGCAACAAGCUGCUGUCGCAUUUGUUUAAAAAGUGAGUUGCUUAUGUCUAUUUACCUUUACAGUCCAACGUUUCCAAUGAGACCGAUUGAAAUUAUAGAGAAGUUGAACAUUUUUAAGUACGAUGAAACUUUACCUGCACUUUUAUGUCAGUCAUGCCUUUUUCGCUUGUUGGAUGCCUAUAACUUGCAGCAGCUAGCUGAAGCGUCAGAGCGGCGCCUACGUGACUAUAUCGUUAAUAAUGGCGGCAGUGGCCUUGGCUUAUGUGGUCUAAGCACAAAUUCAAUUAACCACGAUUCCUCAAGCUUCUCCUCAACGGCCGCCAUGGGUGAUGCAUGCAAGGACUCUGGUGUGACCGCUGCCAUUUAUGCGAAUAUAUGCGACAUGUUGGAGCGAAAUAAUGUGCAGGCGAAUGGUGUGGUAGUCGCUGAGAAUGGGGGAUGUAUGGUGACUGGAGAUGAUAUCUUGAAUGAUAUUGAGAUUGAUGUUAGCAGUUUAACACGUUCAGAAGCCAAUGAGGAUACACUGACCGAAGUACUCGCAAGUAAACAUACAAAUAUAGCUUUCAAUCCAGGGACUGGAAAAACUAUUGGUGCAGAUGUGGAAAUCACGCCAGAGACUGGAAAUGAGGUUGAUGUACCUGUGAAAAUGUCUGAAAAGUGCACGGAGUGCGGAAAAGUUUUCAAAAAUUUUGGUUAUCUGGAAGCGCAUAGGCGCUUACAUACAAACGAAAAACCAUAUCAAUGCAAGCAAUGUGCGCGUCAAUUUAAGCAAUCCAGUAAUUUACUAUUGCAUCAGCGUACACAUACUGGCGAACGACGUUUCCAAUGUGAAAUAUGUGCCAAUUUCUUUACCACCUCGAGCAAUUUGAAGGCACAUAAGGCAAUACACUUGGAGCACCGUGAUUACCGCUGUAGCCAAUGUGAUCGUGAAUUUAAAACGCGACGGGAAUUGCGUCGCCACGAGCCGGUCCAUAAAACGAUAAAGGAUAAUGUAUGUGAAAAGUGUCAGAGGGCGUUCAGCAAACGUAGUUAUCUGUUGGAUCACAUAGCGGUCAUGCAUCGGGGCGUGCGGCGGCAUAAGUGCGCGGAAUGUGGCAAAUUGUUUGGUAGACGAUCGAAUUUGGUGUCACACAUGCGCAUACACUCAGGUGAAAAACCGUUCGAGUGCAAAUUUUGUCCUUGGAAAUUUAAUCAAUCAUCAGCCUUGGCGCGGCAUAUGAAAAAGCAUUCGAAAGGCAAAAAUGUCGAAUUGGGAUUCAAAGCGGCAGACCAAGUAUUAAAACACUCUGCAUUAAUGAAUAUUUUGGAAACACCAGAGAUGGUGGUGGUAGCCGCCGGAGCAACUAACGACGUAAGCGCAGUCAACAUAGCGCAACAAACUAGCUAUAAUGUUCUAAGCAAUAUAGCCAAUUUGGGUGGCUUGCACUGUAUGAACACAGAGUGCAAUCUAGAAAAUACAUCAACGGACACGGAAAGUAGUGAGGUGGUGGAAGCGCUACAAAAUAGUAGCGUUUAUAACUUUACAAAGAAUGACAUACUGGAUUUCUCUACAAAUCAGCAAGUUUGUUAGGAUGUACAUAUUUUCAAACUGGCGAUGUUAUUUUUGCUUAAUAUACUGAUCGUAGAG